CGCGACGCCCGCGGAGGCCUCCAGCGCGGCUACCGCAACCGUUCCCCGCGCCGCGAUCGCGACCGGGACAGGGACAGGGACAGGGACCGCGAUCAGGCCAAGGACCGUGACCAGCAGGGCCGCGACGGAGACCGGAGAAGAGACGACGACCGCGACAGGUCGAGGAGAGACAGGGACAGAGACACAGACACAGACAGAGACAGAGGCAGAGACAACGAUCGCAGCAGCCACUCGCCUGGCGCAUCCUCGAGGCGGCGGCACCAUGACGACGACGACGACGACCGCGACCGCGACCGCGACCGCAACAACAGGGACAACCACCCCCGAAAAGAAAGCAAGCACAAGCCCAGUAAGCCCAAGUCUGGUGGCACCAACCCGCCCCCGCGGCCAGCCGCAGCAGCAGCCGCAGGAGCAGCUCCCGCCGGCGGGGCGUACAGCGGCGAGGAGAUGAUCGUGGUGACGGUCAAUGACCGGCUGGGCACUAAGGCGCAGAUCCCCGCGUUCGCGAGCGACCUAGUCAAGCACUUCAAGAUCAUGGUCGCCAUGAAGGUCGGCCGCGAGCCCCACGAGAUCCUGCUCAAGCGCCAGGGCGAGCGGCCCUUCAAGGACCAGCUAACGCUAGCCGACUACGGCGUGUCCAACGGCGUGCAGCUCGACCUCGAGGUCGACACGGGUGACUAAAGAGGAGAAAACGAGUCGGGGUUUUCCUCUGUCUGUUACGUAUCCUCGGAAAUGGGAUGGGACAAUACCUGGUUCUACUUUUUCUCACACGGAUGGAUACCAACACACUCUGCACUUUGCCGUUCACGUUUCUCAUCCCCGCACUCCUUUUUUAUUCCUCCCCAAGUCUGUUACCUCUUCACAUUGCACACGCAAGGACGGGAGGUCAGUGAGCUGUCAGCGGCACUUCAGGCUGGCCAGGAUGGAUAUCCGGUUCCAUUGGGGAUAUAGUAGACACAAAAAGACAAUAGCAGCAUGCUCGGUCUGUGGAUGUCAGGGCCCGCAUAUUCAAGCUACCUUACAGAUAGAUACCCACAAUAAAAGAUAAGAUAACCCUGGUG